AUGAAGAUCAUUAAGAGAACUCUUGAGAAGAACAAAAGAGCUCGGGACUCCAAGUUGAAAAUGGCAUUAUGGGCAGAUAGAAUCACUAUCAAGAAGGCCAUAGGAACAUCUCCUUUUGAAAUAGUGUAUGGAUCUAAAGCAAGUAUACCAGUGAAUAGCAUGCUACUUGUGUAUAAGUUCAGCUAUGAGAAUGACCUAAAAAUAUUAGAUCCACUGAGAUUAAGGAUGGAACAACUUGCAGAGUUGGAUGAAGCCAAAAAUGAUGCCCACAAAAGGAACCUGAAGAUGCAACAAAGGAGCAAGUACCUAUUUGACAAAAAGGCAUCAGAAAGAAAAUUUGAAGCCAAUGAAUUGGUGUUGCUCUGGAAUGCCAGAGCUCAAGAUAAGGGUAAGCAUGGCAAAUUUGAAGCCAUAUGGCUGGGACCUUUUGUUAUUGCAGAAAGACAUGGUGAGGAUUCAUAUUUUCUCACAAACCUGAAUGGUGAAAUACAGGAACUGCUCGUGCAUGGACAAUUCCUAAAACAUUUCUUUGCUUAA